GAAAAAUUAUUUUUUUCAGUAUGGAGAAACAAGUAUCUAUUAUGCGAAAUACAAAGACAUCACAGGUUAUAUAGAAAAAAUAAAAUAAUUCAUAUUGACAAAUCAAUGGAUCAACUUAGAUACCAUCCACAUCGAAGAUAUGCAACAGAAAUUAGAAUUAAUAUUAAUGAACCAUUAGAGCCACAUGGUAAAUUAAUACCCUAUGGUACAGCAAAAUUAAAAUUCAUUGAUAAAUUUAAUAAACCAAUUCAAGCAGGCGAUAUUCCAACAACGGUGACUUGUUUAAAAUUCAAUCAUAAUUAUUAUUCUCAUCAAAUCGAUAUUAAAUCAGUUGUUCCAUCAAGUGUUACUGAAUUAAGACUCGGUAUAAAUCAAGAAAUUUCACCAAAUACAUUACCACCAUCACUUACUAAUCUAUAUCUUGCAUCUUACAAUCAACCGCUCCAACCAAAUAUUCUUCCGGAAUUAAUCACCGAUCUAGCCAUGGACAAUUUUAAUCAUCCAUUAUCAAACUCUCUAUCAGCACUACAUUCAUUAAAAGAACUCUAUUUAGAUAACUUUAAUCAAGAGAUAUCAAUCCAAACAUUUCCACACUCAAUCGAAACAUUAAUUUUUUAUAGAUUUAAUCAAAUUAUAAAACCAAAUGUACUUCCACCAUCAAUAACCAAACUCAUUUUAGUUGCAUAUAACCACCCACUAUCACACGGUGUACUUCCAAAAUCAAUAACUGAACUAAGUAUGAGCUACUUUAAUCACCCUUUAUCCAACUAUCUAUCUUCGCUACAUUCGUUAAAAGAACUCUAUUUACGAGAAUUUAAUCAAGAGAUAUCGAUCGAAACAUUCCCACCCUCAAUUGAAUCAUUAAGAUUGAUGAGAUUUAAUCAAGUAAUAAAACCAAAUGUACUUCCUCCAUCAUUAACUAAACUCAUUUUAGAUAAAUAUAAUCACCCAUUAGAACCACAAGUAAUACCGCCAAAUGUGGAUCAUUUAGAGUUAAAAUCAUAUAAUCAUAAUCUUGAUAAACAUCUAUUCCCAAAUAAUUUAAAA